GCAGUUUUAAAAAAUUCGCAAAUCCCCAGUUUUGUACAAAUAAUUGAGGUGGUGGGUUUGUUCUUAUCGGAAUCCUAUCUUCAACAGACGAUGAAGCCCCAACAUCCUUCAGUCCGACGGAUCUCCGAGUGCUUUCUCAAACCAGACAUAGAAUGCCUUCCACAAGAAUCAAAGCAGCCCCAUUACCUGAGCCAUUGGGAUCUUAACCUCCUUCCCAUCCAAUACAUCCAAAAAGGUCUUCUCUUUCGCAAACCCUCCGAGGCCUUCGAAGAUGGACACCCUUUUAUGGCCACUCUUCUUCACCGCCUCAAACGCUCCCUCUCCUCUGCUCUCUUUCAUUUCUACCCACUUUCCGGCCGCCUCGCUUCCAUCAUUAAUGAGCAUCAAGCUUCCAUCUUGGUUUAUGUGGACUGCGUUAACACCCCUGGAGCGAAGUUCACCCACGCCGCCCUCGACCUCACAAUCUCGCAUCUUCUCUCCCCUGUUGAUGUGCCUUUAGUGGUUCACUCUUUAUUUGACCCUGACCUCCAAACAGCCGUCAACUACGAUGGCCAUACCCUGCCUUUACUAUCCAUUCAGGUAACGGAAUUAUUGGACGGCAUCUUCAUCGGUUCUUCCUUCAACCAUUCCAUUGGCGAUGGAACCUCCCACUGGAAUUUCUUCAAGAUGUGGUCUGAGAUUUUUCAGUCACUACCACCGGAUGGAGAUGAUAUUGUUUCAAUUUCACGGCCACCCAUUCUGAAGCGGUGGUUUCCUGAAGGGCAUGGCCCAAUUAUCAACCUCCCCUUCACCCACUCCGAUCAGUUUAAGAUAAGAUUAAAAGCCCCAGAACUCAGGGAGAGAAUCUUCCACUUCACGAAAGAAUCUAUUGCUGCGCUCAAAGCAAAAGCCAAUGCAGAGUGCGGCACCGAAGAAAUCUCAUCCUUUCAAGCGAUGUGUGCGCUUGUAUGGCGCUCCAUAACACGAGCUCGCCGCCUACCACAAAACCAAAUCACGAUUUGCAGAAUGAUUGCUAAUAACAGAGCAAAAUUAGAGGUACCCACACCGGAAGAUUACUUCGGCAACGUAAUUACAGCAUUGAAAGUGAGUGCAAAAGCAGGGGAAGUGGUUGAAGGCGGACUAGGUUGGGCGGCGUGGAAAUUGCACGAAGCUGUGGUGGACAACACCAAAGAAAAGUUCAGAGAGGCAGUUGAGAAAUGGUUCGAGUGUCCUUUUACUUUUCAAGUGGAUCAAAAUUUUGUAACGUACAGCUUGUCGAUGACUAGCUCGCCCAGGUUCAAUAUAUAUGGUAAUGAAUUUGGAAUGGGAAAAGCGGUGGCGGUCCGGAGUGGACGUGCAAACAAGUUCGACGGCAAAGUGAGUUCGUAUCCAGGGUAUGAAGGAGGAGGAAGCGUGGAUUUAGAGAUCGCUCUGUUCCCACAUAGUAUGGCGAAUUUGGAGGCUGAUUCGGAGUUCAUGAGUGCUGUGUCUUCCCCGCCUCAUCUGUUCCAUGAGUAAUAUGAUGUAUUUUCAAGAUCAAGCUUGGAGUUCGGAUGCUUUCUUGAGCUCAUAAUUCAAGUUUC